AUGAGGAUCUAUAAGGAUAUUAUUACCGGUGACGAGAUGUUCUCGGACACAUACAAAAUCAAGCUGGUUGAUGAAGUGAUUUACGAAGUCACCGGUAAACUUGAGUCAAGAACAGAGGGUGAUAUCAAACUGGAUGGUUUCAAUCCUUCAGCUGAAGAAGCCGACGAGGGCACAGACUCAGCGGUCGUUAGCGGUGUAGACAUCGUCUUGAACCACAGGCUUGUGGAAACUUAUGCCUUUGGUGACAAAAAGUCUUACACCCUGUACCUUAAAGACUACAUGAAAAAAUUAGUGGCAAAAUUAGAAGAAAAAUCCCCCGACCAAGUAGAUGUUUUUAAGACUAACAUGAACAAAGUUAUGAAAGACAUUCUCAGUAGGUUUAAGGAUCUACAGUUUUUCACGGGGGAGUCUAUGGAUUGUGACGGCAUGGUCGCCAUGUUGGAGUACCGUGACAUUGAUGGUGUCUCCACACCCAUCAUGAUGUUCUUCAAGCACGGGCUCGAGGAGGAGAAGUUCUAA